AUGAGCUGCAAAGGCCUCAAAGUCAGCAGAGCGACCCUACAGAGCUGCGGACAAGACUCUCCCGAGCGCGUUUGUCCCCCCUGCAACCCACCGGACUGCUUCCUAACCAAACGCAACGAGAGACUGCACCGAAACCUGAGUGAUAGCAGGCUGCUGGAGACCAUGGGAUCGGACAGCGCCUCUGUCCACUCCAUGAGGUCUAACUACAGUGUGCUGAGUCCCAUCAAACCAAAGGACGUGAGGAACAGAAGCUUUUUGGAGGGAAGUGUGCUUGGAAAUGGCGCUCUUCUCGGAGCAGAGGAGUUGGAUCGCUACUUUCCGGAAAGAAGACUGGGGAUCUAUGUCACCACAUGGAACAUGCAGGGAGAAAAGGGCCUACCGGUCAACUUGGACGAUCUCCUUCUUCCAACAGAUUCAGAAUUUGCACAAGACGUUUAUGUUAUCGGGGUUCAGGAGGGCUGCCCAGACAGGAGGGAAUGGGAGACCCGCCUUCAGGAGACUCUAGGGCCCUACUAUGUCCUUUUGUACGGAGCAUCCCAUGGUGUUUUGUAUCUUAGUGUUUUUAUCCGAAGAGAUCUCAUAUGGUUUUGCUCAGAGGUGGAACAUGCCACAGCCACCACCAGGAUUGUCUCUCAAAUUAAGACCAAAGGAGCUGUUGGAGUCGGUUUUACGUUUUUCGGGACGUCCUUUUUGUUUAUAACAUCCCAUUUUACAUCUGGGGACUCCAAAGUCUAUGAGCGAAUUCUAGACUACAACAAAAUUAUAGAAGCUUUAUCACUUCCGAAAUGUCUUCCGGAUACCAACCCGUACCGCUCCACUCCAUCUGAUGUUACUACAAGAUACGAUCAGGUGUUUUGGUUUGGAGAUUUUAACUUUAGACUUGGUAAAGGUAGAGUGGAAGUUGAAAACAUCUUAAAUCGGAUUGCAGACAAAAACAUGGGGUCUCUGCUCGAGCACGAUCAGCUCUCUAAAGAAAUGAAGGAUGGUUCAAUAUUCAAAGGUUUUCAAGAGGCUCCAAUACACUUUAUACCGACGUACAAGUUUGACAUAGGCUGUGAUAUUUAUGACACGUCUUCCAAGCAGAGAACACCAUCCUACACAGACAGAAUUGUCUUCAGAAGCAGACAAGCACAUGACAUUCAAGUGAUAAAAUACACCAGUUGCACCAGCAUCAAGACCUCAGACCACCGGCCUGUCGUUGGGGUGUUCCAGGCCAAGUUGAGGCCAGGUCGAGACAAUAUCCCUCUCGGAGCUGGACUGUUUGACCGAAGCCUUUACUUAGAUGGCAUCCGCAGAAGAAUUACGAGAGAGCAGAAGAGGAGGGAGGCCAUGAAGAACCAAAGCAGCAGUUCUAUCUGCACAGUUUCUUGA